ACAAAAAAAGGAACUCCAGCUUUGCUUAAAGAAAAGUUUAUUGAGCUUAGGCUGAGGGUUAAACUUGGGUUUAGUCACAACAUUCACAUUGUCAGUUUUCGUGUGUGUGUUUUCUCUUGUGAAAAAGAGGUUAACCCCGGUUGUGUGUUUUUCCUACCCUGAAACAGUGCUAAUGUAAACAGGGGGUCAGUGGCAUGUAGGCUAAUGUGGGCAGUGGCUCUUGUUUGAGACUUUUGUUUCGGAGCACAGCGCUUCCUCUGUCCAUGUAUUUUGUGUCUCAGCGCUUGAUUUUUUUUCCACAAAAGCAACGAAAACUUUCGGAGGAACAACACAGGUUCUCCCCAACCGUGAGCUCGGAGUUUCCAGAGCAGAACUCAGUGUGGAAGAGCUCUGAGAGGAGACUAUGUGGAGACGGAAAGUGGAGUGGAGCGGCGGUGUGUUCAGCCUCCUGCUGCUGCUGCUGCUAGCGGCUCUCUGCUCCUCACACCGCUUCCUCCAACGGAACGUUGCGUCUCAGUUUCUCACGCGGCACCGGCGAGCAAAUUCGAUGUUUGAAGAGAGCAAGAAGGGCAAUUUGGAGCGCGAGUGCAUCGAAGAGCUGUGCAGUAAGGAGGAGGCACGGGAAAUCUUCGAGAACGUCCCUGAGACGGAAUACUUCUUCCCCAAGUAUACAAAGUGUCUGGUGCUCUAUCGUGUUUCCAAUCCGAACAUGGAUCCUGGACUUUUUCUGGACCUCCGCACCUGCAUUGAAGGGAUCAAUGACCAGUGUUCGCCACUGCUGUGCUCUAAGGAGGGAUACGAGCGCUGUGUUGAUGGUAAGGGUACCUACACUUGUGUGUGCAAACCUGGCUGGAAAGGGCUUCACUGUGAGGAGGACAUUGAUGAGUGUAAGGACCCAGAGUUCCUUGCUGGUUGUAAGCAGGGCUGCCAGAACACACCUGGGAGCUUCAACUGCUUUUGUUAUAGUGGCUACUACCAGCAUGAUGUGAUCCACUGUAUAGAUAUUAAUGAGUGUAGGCUUCACCCUAACCAGUGUCAAGAACCUUCCAGAUGUGUCAACAGUCCAGGCUCUUACAAAUGCGAGUGCCCUACAGGAUACGUGUAUAACUUGACAAGCCAUGAGUGCGAGGACAUAGACGAGUGUGAGCAGGAUUUGUGUAAGGGUGAGUGUGUAAACACAGUAGGCAACUACUCUUGUUACUGUGAUGGACGCGAGAGGCUGAAGCUGGCAGAGGACGGGCACUCGUGUGAUAAAAUCUAUGAAUGUGUCCCGCUCUACAACCACAAGUACGGGGAGAUCCUCUACCUGGGAGAGCAGUUCACAGGCCUGGCCAUGAUCUACCUGCACUUUCGCUUACAAGAGAAUAGAAAGUUCGCAGCCGAGUUCGACUUCCGUACUUUCGAUCCGGAGGGAGUGAUGUUGUACGCCGAAUCGUUGGAGGACUCAUGGUUCUUGUUGGGAUUGAGAAACGGCCGCAUUGAAGUUCAGUUCAAGAACCGGAAAUCUGUUAAGGUCACCAGUGGAGGCAAAGCCAUCAAUGAUGGCCAGUGGCAUGUGAUAUCAGUGGAGGAGCUGGACAACAGCAUCAGUGUGAAGAUCAGUAAGGAGGCCGUAAUGAGUAUUAAUAACCCUGGCAACCUGUUCAUUCCUGUCAAUGGCAAACUGGAGGCCAAGAUUUACAUCGCCGGCUUGCCGAAUCGCAUCCGCAGCGAUAUUAAACAAAUCAACCCCAGAUUAGAUGGCUGCAUCCGGGGCUGGAACCUGAUGGACCAGGGGACUUCUAAAGUCAAGGAGUACAUUCAGGGGAAAGAGAGCAAGCAUUGCUUUGUGUAUGUGGAGAAGGGAUCCUACUUCAGUGGUGAUGGAAUGGCCCAGUUUAACAUUGACUACAAUGUUGACGGUCAGUGGAGAGUCGAUGUGGUGAUGAGCAUUCGCCCGUCCAGUACCACCGGCGUUCUCUUUGCCCUCGUGAACAAUGACACCGUCCCCCUCAUGGUCUCGGUUUUACCUCAGGAACCUUACGAUGCGUACCUGCAGGUGUUUUUGGGCAACAUUCCUGUUGCAAGGCUCGAGUCGUUGAUGCUGUGCUACCCAGAACGCUUAGAAGUGAAGCUGCACGUGUCGGCUCAUGAGCUACAGAUCUCCGCCAACUCAUCAGUGGUGUCCUACACCGACAAAGAAAUCCUCAAACAGGCUCUAGCCAAACUCAAUGGCACCAUGCAGCAGCCAGUCCUUACUUAUAUUGGAGGACUGCCAGAUCUUCCCCUGUCCUCCAUGCCAGUCUCAGCCUACUACCAUGGCUGCAUGGAGAUCCACGUGAAUAAGCAGUUGCUCGACUUCGAUGACGCCGUCAGCAAACACAACAGCAUCAAUUCUCACUCGUGUCCCCCGGUUUCCCCCCCAGAGAGUACCUCCCACCACUAAUCAAGAACCCAAGCCUAGGAUGCUCUAUAUCUUGUGGUAAAUAGAGUAAUAGAGUAUGCCGAGAGAGAGAAGGUGAGACACAGAAUAGUGUGGGGUUCGUUACGGAUUCUCCUACACCUCCACUAAACCACACGAACCUCCUGUUACAAAAACUAUUGUACUGAACCUACAGAGGGCAUUCCUAUUUGUAUAUUUCCUUGAUUGUAAACGCAUAGCUUCUGAAGGAUAGUUUCACUUGGUUAUAAAAAUAAAGUACGGAAAUUUACACCCUCGUUAGCAUUUAUAGGCGUUUCGAUGUGACACGUGAAGAUGUGCUUGUCAUGGGUCUUCUAUAUUAGAAAUCAUGGACAUUUUUAAUUUUAUGUUUAGAUGCGUUUUUUUGUUGUUGUUUUUUUAGUUAGAGAUGCUGUUCAAUGUAAGAAAAAUGAUUUAGUAAUUUUAAUAAACUUAUCCUAAAAAAUA